CCGGCUCCGGUGUUAUUCUCGAUUCUCAGUUGCGUUCGAACGUUUGUUGAGGUUGCUUGCACGUUCUACGCCAUCGUAGACUCGAUUUUAUCGCGUGUUUUUGUACCAGUCGAAUUUAUGGAUAAGCGAGGGUAGAUUUUCUAAUUGUUGUUAUGGCGAACUAUAGUGUCUCUGUGAAAAGGAGUGCUAGUGAUUUGGAGGAGCAGAAUUUAAUUUUGUACAGGAAAAAGACUGAAGUUCGCAAUGAUCUUGACAAGGAGCCUAAAGACUUGACGAAUAGAAAUAUGUUUCCCAGUACUCAGAUUAAAAUGAGAUUGAUGUCGCCCAGUACUUCUCCUGCCACAUCGCCCACCAUGUCCAAUUCCUCGUCGCCGACGCCUCCCGCAGUCAAUUACAACAAAAUCACGGGAAUCCCCUGCGUCGCCGCCGCCUCCAGGUACACGGCGCCGGUGCACAUCGACGUCGGCGGUACCAUCUACACCUCCUCUUUGGAAACGCUCACCAAAUAUCCAGAAUCUAAACUAGCUAAGCUCUUUAACGGAAGCAUACCGAUCGUGUUGGACUCUUUAAAGCAACACUACUUCAUAGACAGGGACGGUGGGAUGUUCAGGCAUAUACUGAAUUUCAUGAGGAACUCCAGAUUGCUCAUUCCGGAAAACUUCCAGGAUCUCGACUUAUUAUUGGAAGAAGCCAGAUAUUUCGAUAUAAUGCCUAUGGUGAGACAUUUGGAGCAGCUGAAGAAGGAGCGAAUGAAGAACGGCGUGCUGCCGCACAGAACCGGAGGCGGCGGCUCCGAAUCUAAUCAAAAGCCGCUAGAGAACAAUCGCCUGGGCCAGGAAAUGUACGAGUGCGUGGCGUUGCACGUGAGUCCUGACCUGGGCGAGAGGAUUAUGUUGUCGGGGGACAGGUCCUUGCUGGAUGAGGUUUUCCCCGAAACGAACCAGGCUGUUAUGGACGCCAGAUCGGGGGUGGCUUGGAACCAACAGGAUGCUCAUCAUGUCAUUAGAUUCCCAUUAAACGGUUAUUGCAAACUAAAUUCGAUGCAGGUGAUAACGAGGCUGUUGAAUGCUGGUUUCAAAAUAGCUGCCAGCAAUGGGGGCGGCGUGGAGGGGCAGCAGUUCUCCGAGUAUUUGUUUAUCAGGAAGGUGUUGCCGGGCUGAUGGGGAACGGUCGAUUGAUCGAUAUAGACAAUCAAUAUAUUAAAAAAAAAACUGUACAGUCUUUGUUAAUGAAUUAAUUCGUCCGCGUUCUCUCGCCAGUGGAACGGGGCUCGCUUGAGAAGUUAUAUUUUUACGGAGCGUUUCUAAUGAGAGAAAUGUUUUGAUAGUGCGUAAAUUAUUUAAUUUUUCUCGUUUUAUUGGAAGGUGUUAAGAAUCGAUUAAAUCGGCUCUGCGUUGGUUUCAAAAACACGAAGCGAACGAGCCGUUAAACCGUU